AACAAGAUCUCUUUUUAUUUUGAAAAUGGCUGAUCAACUUGCAAAGGGAGAUGGCUCCAUCACCAGUUAUUGUAUCGAACCUGCAGAAACACAAAAGUCCAAAUGUGCCGCCUGUGAAAAGGUGAUUCCUCACAAGUCACUUCGUGUCGCUGAAAUUUACAGAAGCUCCAAAAAAAUCAAGAAGGAUAAAGCCAGACACACUUGGUUCCAUUUCAAAUGUUGGAAGGUUCCUGAGUAUUUAACUCGUGUGCCUAUUGAACAAUUCAGAGGAUUCAAGGCCUUGAACGAAAAAGAUAAAGCUCGUGUACAAAAAGUCAUCAAGAGCGGUGUUGGAUCAUCUUACGCACAAUUACUCGAGAAAGCUAAACCAGUAAAGACCGAGGAAGAGUUAGAGGCUGAUAAGGAGGAACAAGCAAAGAAGGAUAAAAAGAAGAAGGAGGAUGAUGAGAGCAUGAAUAUGGAUAUGACCGAAGUCUUGACAGGUACUCAACAAAAGCCCGCCAAGAAGAGUAGCAAGAAAGAAAAGAAGUCAGAGGAGAAACCUGCUAAAAAGGAAGAAAAGGCUGCAUUAAAGCCCAAGACAGAUAAGAGUAAUAAGGUCACAAAGAAGGCUAUCAAGGAAGUGGUUGCUACAAAGACAAAGGAAAUUAAGCUUCCCAAGGCUGAUUUAUUAGAAUUAGAGAACUUUGCAAAGGAAUUCAGUGCUUUCAAAUAAACUUGUAUAAAUAAAUGAAUAAGUAAUAGUUUUAAAGGGAGGGAAUACAAUCUACAAUCUAUUUGCGACGAACAGUUUCCCAACCAUCGGCAUCCACAGUAGGCUCUUCGGGCACUUCUUCCAUAUCCUCAUCCUUAUCGUUGCUACCCUGGUGAUCCUAUGAAAUGAAGCUUCAAUAUUGGAAUUUGCAUAAAAUUGCAAAUAUUUCAUCUUACAUUAUCAUCCUCAUCCUCCUCU